UAACAGGUACGCUUCUCUGUACGACACUGCAGUGGCAUAAACAGGAUAGCAGGAACUGAAUCCUGAUCCCGAAUCAACCUAGCGCGGCGGCUGUGGGUCUGUCUGGUUUGUCAGGCACUGCACAGUUUUCUGCCUGAGGCCCCUUAGGCACCGCGUGGGCCCCUGCUUCUGCGCACGCACCUCUCAGCCUUCCCAGCCUGCUGUCAGGCCAUUCAGUAGCUGCUUUUCUCUACUCCACCGUGCAGCAAGAUCUUAAUAAUUGUAUAUAUUUCCUUCCAGUAUUAGUAUUACCUACUUAAUACCGCUUGCAUUAGCUAUUUUCCUGUUGUUGUAUCCCAGGUACUUUUACCUGCCUAUUCUCACCACGAUCUUUCCUCAUCAUCCUGUUCCUUGCCCCUGGUAUCUAUCUACGUAUUAUCAUCCCUCGAGUUACUGGAGUCAAAUCUCUUUCUCUCCGUCGCUGCAAUUCUCCCCGACCUCCAUGGGGUCUGUUCGCUUCCAACGCCGGCGAUAGGUAAUUAUCCAACUCGAAAGCAUAUUACGGGCGGCAGUGCUAUUGCGACAUCCGGCUCUGCUAUCUGCCGCUGUGACUGCUUUGCUACAUAUUACUUUACUACUAUCUCGGGUCCGAUCCACUCGCUGAGACGCCUUUCCGCUCCCGUUGACGCAGGAUUCGAUCAGCAAACCUAUCUUCACAUCUCGUCCCUCUUUUCAAAACGACCCAUAAACCGUUGUCUGUCGAAUUCAGUUUCCAUCUAUUCCUCCCAUUUAUUCCGCCCUUUGCCUUCAUUUUCCCGGACUGCUGGGAAAGCCUUUCCCUUGUCUCCCGUCGAUAAGCGGUCGCAUUCUUUUCCGACGGCAACUUCCAACCUACGAACGACUAGAGCCUCCUUCCUUCUCUCCUCCCUCCCCCCCUUCCUUCCCUUCACUGUCGCAUCCAGUUCUAGACAAUCAUGGCGGCAGCGCUCGAUCAAUCCCCAUCCCAACCUCCGGUCGAGUCGCUUGCUGGCGGUCCCGCGACCGACGCCGCCCCUACCUCCAUCACUCCUCCCCAUAGUGCUAACGGCAAGACCGAUGCCCCGGAUGGCGUUCCGUCAGAGCUGUCCGAUCUCGAGCUUGAUUCCAAGGCGAAUGCGCCUCCAGCUACAGUGUCACUGGAAGAGGAAGAAAUUGAACCAGAUCAUUACUAUGGUGGCGGCAAGAUCCCUGUCUUUAAACCGACAAUGGAUCAGUUUCGAGAUUUCCAGUAUUUCAUCCGCAAGACGGAAAAGUACGGCAUGCGAGCUGGGAUCAUAAAGGUCAUUCCCCCCAAGGAAUGGUGAGUCAAUGCAUCAAGUCACUACUGAAAAACUUGGUCUGAGCCAUAUGCUGAUUUCUUAUUUGUUUCGCACCACUGCUUUCAGGUCCGAUGCCCUUCCUCCCCUUGACGAAGCUGUGAAGAAAAUCCGUGUGAAGAAUCCAAUUAUGCAGGAAUUUCACGGAUCACAUGGAAUCUACACCCAGGCAAACAUUGAAAAACAACGGACUUACAACCUCCCCCAGUGGAAAGCGAUAUGCGAGGGCAGCAGUCACCAGCCUCCGGCCCGGAGAGGAGAGAGACGCCGAAAUCAAGAACGAGUUAUACGCUCAGCUUCCACUCCCAAACCCCAUGCAGCCCGAUCCGAUUCUCAGAAACGUGGGCCAGGACGUCCGCCGAAACGAUCCAACCAAUUCAAGGUGAAAGAGGAGCCCCUUCCUGAUGACCACAAUACCCUUGAUCAGGUCAAGCCGGAAGGUCCUCCGACACCAGUUUCUCCCGAAUCUAAUCCGGUGGAGGCCAAGACGGAGGAAUUAAGCGAUGGAGAGUCUGUUCACGAGCCGAAGCCGAAAGGGCGACAACCAAGGUCCGUGACAUCGAGGAGGAAACACAACCGUGGCGAUGCAGUUGAUCUCGUGGACGAAGAGUCCUUCAAGGACUUCGACUACCACCUUUGUGACAACGAAGACUAUACUGCGGAGAGAUGCGAGGAACUGGAGACCGCUUAUUGGAAGUCGCUCAUGUUCAAUAACCCGAUGUAUGGAGCCGACAUGCCUGGUUCGUUAUUUGACGACUCGACGACUUCAUGGAAUGUAGCAAAGUUGCCCAAUUUACUGGACGUUCUGGGUCAGAAGGUACCCGGAGUAAACGCAGCCUACCUCUACCUUGGAAUGUGGAAAGCCACUUUCGCUUGGCACUUGGAAGAUGUGGAUCUGUUCAGCAUCAACUACAUCCACUUUGGUGCGCCAAAGCAGUGGUACAGCAUCUCACAAGAAGACGCUCCCCGUUUUGAGCAGGUCAUGCGGAGCAUUUGGCCCAGUGACGCUAAAAACUGCGACCAGUUCCUCCGCCACAAAACUUACCUCGUCUCUCCCAGCAUCCUCAAGUCUCAGUACGGCAUCACGGUUAACCGGCUGGUCCACUACGAAGGUGAAUUCGUCAUCACAUACCCGUACGGGUAUCAUUCUGGGUACAAUCUGGGGUACAACUGUGCUGAGUCGGUCAAUUUUGCGACGGAGAGAUGGCUUGAUUACGGACGCAUCGCAAAGAAGUGCAAUUGUGAAGCGGACAGCGUUUGGAUUGACGUCGAGGACAUUGAGCGGAAGCUCCGGGGCGAGACAACCCCAGAGUUUGGCUACUUUGAGAGCGAUGGCGAGCUCGAAGGCGCGUCAGAACUGCUCACGCCUCCGCGCAGCGUGCCAGAGAAAACGUCGACUCGCGGUCGCAAACGAAAGCACGAUGGUAAUGAACCGACGGCGAAGCGGCACAAAUACCAUGCCGAAGCUCACAAGAAAGCGCCCUGCGUAUUGUGUCCGAACAGCCUGGACUACGAAGAACUUCUUCCAACGGAAGACGGCAAGUUGCAGGCCCAUCGACGGUGCGCACAGUAUAUCGAGGAAACCACCAUUCUCCGUGACGAGUCAGGGAAGGAGGUUGUGUGCGACGUUGACCGGAUCCCCAAGGCUCGCAUGGGACUAAAAUGCCUUUUCUGCCGCGAGGUGCGGGGAGCAUGUUUCCAAUGCAAUUUCGGUAAAUGUACGCGGGCGUACCAUGCCACAUGCGCACUUUUGGCCGGCGUUCAGGUUGAAUUUGGUUCUGUCGCUGUGGUUGCAGACGACGGAAGUCAGUACUCUGUGCCGAGUGUCGACCUCAAAUGCAAGUUUCACCGCCAGAAGCGGCAGAACUGGAUCCCGGGAGAGUCGUCGGACAAGGACAGCAAGCUCACAGAAGCGGCGGGGGGAUUGGUAGCAGGCGAUCUAGUACAGUUCCAGGCGGACAAAGAGAUCAACGGAGCAGUGGUCCUCCAAAACCGCCGGAGAGAACGGACUCUGCUCCUCAAAAUACUGCCCCGAGGCGAUGUAAUCGAGCUGCCGUACCGCUGGAUGCUCGUAGUGCGCAAGAGCAACUUCACGCCGCUGGCGCCGGGCAUUCAACCACUCCCCGCACACCUGGCGCGUAAGCCCGAGCGACGGAAGGAAUUGGAGUCAGCCGUGCCUGUGCCAGGCAGUCCAUUUGGCGACGCCAGCUCGCCGUAUCAGUGGGCGGAAUUCGAGUCGGUCGUGCUGGGUGCGACUCCGGUGGCAGACACGAAGGUCAAUCUGCAGCAGGACGGACAGUUGUGGUUUUAUCUGGGCAAGACAUCGACCGAAUGCAGAGCGCAGUACACGCACAACCCCCAGAUCGCAGUACACAACCCGCGGGCGAACUUCCUGGACAGCGUGAAGCCGGCGGUGCUGGGCCGCUUCGGGACGUCGCUAUCUGCAGCGGCGGGGCUGCAUCCCGUGCACCGGCAGAAUCCCACCACAACCACUUUCGCCCACCCCUCUCUCCUCCGUCCUUCUCUCCUGCAGCGCCCUCCUCUCUCGCUGGCCCCUCCCCCUCCGCCGCCAUUUUCUUCUUCUCCUUCUUCUUCGUCCGCUCCUGCGAUGCCGUCGGCCUAUCGUUCGCUGCCCGCCAAUACCACUGUCCGCCAUGCUCCGUACCCGCAGCUGCCCAAACAACACCCCCGCCACCCGUCCCACCUCCGUCAUCAGCCGUCACCACAACAGUCCCAACAACCCCUGGCACCACCGCAGCCGACUCCCACGUCACAGAAGCAGCAGCAACAGCCCUCAAAAUUCAAAGGCCAGCAACAAUCACAACAGAAGUCUCAACAGCCACAGCAGUCUCAGUCCAAUGGCCCCUCCCGCACCUUCGCCAAUGUCCGUGAACUCGUUUCCCGUCGUCGGAUCCUUCAGAUCACCGACCAUGCCAAUAUCUUAGCCGGAUACACCAUUGUCAGCCCGGAGCUGGUUGUCGAGACUCUUCUCGGCCCCAUGGGCUCUGUGCCGUCACCGGAUGGCGUGGAGAAGCUAGAACUCGCCAUGGCUCAGCAGGGAGUGCAGCCCCGAGCUUCCGAUGGCACCUUGCUUCCCCCGCAGCCCCUCAAUAUGCGGUCGGAGGAGGUUACCCGACUCCUCAGUAUGCUUCGGUUCGUGGUCCAGCGUGAGCGAUUGGACAUGAUCCAGAAGAAGGAGUCGGAGAACGUCAAGCGGGACGCUGUGGACAAAAGCAAUCUGGCCGCCAAGGUGGCUGGAAAGUAUGCUUUCCUGGACCAGCAACGUGCGCAGGCACCCAGUGUCUAUCAAUCCCCUUACAACAUGCCGUCGGGAUUUUCCGAAUAUGCACAGAAGACAUACAAUCUGACUCCGUGCCAGCCUGAGAUUCCGCGACCCUCACUGGCCAAUGACUACUUUGCCAGUCUCUCACCGGAGGAUCAAGAAAAAAUCCUCAAGACUUGCGGCAGCUAUGUGCAGCGUGCUAUAGAUCGGUCGGCAAGUCACAGUCGCCAGAACUCAGCGACCAACGUCCGAUUAGCUUCUGCACUGGCUCGACAGACGGAUAACCCCACCAUUGAUAUUACGCCGGUUGAGAACAGUAUGUCCAUGUCGUUGCUUGACAUGCCUCUUCACGCGGACUCGCCAGGUUCCAGCUUCAGUCGGUCGCACAUGCGGUUUCAGUCACCAAGUGGCUUUACCAGCCAGGGCGACCAGGACUCGUCUCGACAUUUCCACGAUCAUCAGGACCUUUUUGGCGACCAGCAGGCGAACACCCGAUUCUGGCAGCAUGGACCCUGGGCUGCCGGUGACGGAAAUACGCCCAGCGAAGAGAACCGACCGUUCUUCGGUCCUCAUGGACGGCUCAAGCACGAUUAUGCCUCAUCCGACAUCUCUCUGGGACUGGGACCUGGCUCGUUGCAUUCUGUAGACAUGGCUGCAUUUGGGCUAGACAGUACAGACGAUAUAUGCGCCGUUCUGAGCCCAUGAACUACGAGGGGCCUGCACCUUGUUUUUCUUUUCUUUUUUCUUUUUUUCUCUCCUAUUCCUUUGCUGUUAUACCCGCAUCUCAUGUAACGAUUGAACUGGAUUGACGACAGCAUGACCGGGCGUUAUUUUUAUUUACCAUUCUUACCACAAUGUCUUUGCUGCUUUAUUGUGUUGUCGACUUUACUUUUUCUUUAUUUUUACUUCCAUUCACGGUGCAGCUGGCCUACCUGGCUAGCCACGACUCGCGUUGAACGAAACGUGUCAUGUGGAUAGGAUCUGGAGUUAUGUGGAUAAAAGGGUGACGAUGGUAUAGAAGAGCCGGCGGUACAGGGAUGGGAAGAGCAUGAGAAACAGGCCCUCUUCUUUCUUUUCUUUUCUUCCUGUUGCAGUUCCAAUGGGGUGUUACUGGCUUUUUUUUGGAGGGAGAGGGGGGGACCUACUGCGCACUGCAGACAAUCCACCAUCAUCGCCAUGAUCAUCAACCAGCGCACCAGUUCUCGACCGUUUCGCUUCUUUCCUUUACGCUCUGUUCACGUAUCCAAUGCGCCUUUUCUCUUACGAGUCGACAUGUCUUUCGGUUCUAGACCCUGCUUUCAGCCGCGGGCACGUCCGUCGCUUGGCUCACGCAAUUAGACAAAGAAAAAAAAGGGAAGGGAAAAAUUGGAAGAGACAUGAUGAAGCCUUGAUACCCCCGGAAAUUCUCCAUUCUGUUUUGAUUGACAUUUUAAAAUGUUCUCCCCCUCAUGAUCUACUGUAUUGUUUUUUUUUUUUUUAACCUUUCUUUUCGACUUGUGGGACUUGCCCCUUUUGGCGCUCAUCUUUACCCUAUGUGACAACCAUCAUCGCAGUAGAGAUGGGGAGAAGCACUGCUUUGAUGACUACUGUCCGUAGUGACGGUCUUUAUUCCAUGUCUAUGGACACAUGCCGUCGAAGGUAAAUAGAUGUGGCAGCCGUCACCUUUGCCGUGACCCCUGCGUGUGUUGUACUUUAUCUUGACUGAGGCCAAGAUGCACUUGGAACGAAUGAUAGAAUUGAGUUCAGAUGA